AUGUCCUUAGAAUUCGACAUUCAACGUCCUACGAUCCCUCCUCUGCCUAUCGGAGAAAUUCCGAUGGGCACUCAAGCUGCCCGUCCUCUAUGUCGGCUGCCACCUCCAACUACAUUUAUCGUUGGCCUUCUUCUUCUACUACUCGUGUUUGCACCAACGUCGUCAUUGGGUGAUGAUCAAGAUGAUGCCACCAAAGCUCUCUUAAAUUUCAAAGGCUCCCUAGCAAACACAGAAGAGGCUCUUUCCAAUUGGAAUUCCUCCAUAAGUCCAUGUAAUGGAAAUUAUGGAAAUUGGAAUGGUGUCUUGUGCUUCAAUGGCUAUGUAUGGGGGUUGCAACUCGAGAAAAUGAAUCUAAGGGGCCAAAUCGACGUUGAGUCUCUUAUUCCAUUGCGGGCUUUGAGGACUCUGAGUUUUAUGAGCAAUAGUUUCGAGGGGCAAAUGCCAGAUUGGAGAAAACUUGGUGCACUCAAGUCCAUUUUCGUGUCUAACAAUCAAUUUUCGGGGCAGAUUCCGGAUUAUGCUUUCACUGGCAUGACUUCGUUGAAGAAAGUUUAUAUGGCCAACAACAAGUUUACGGGUAAAAUACCGACAUCUCUAGCCAAAUCGCCUCGGCUUUUAGAGUUGAGGAUCGAAAACAAUCAAUUCACAGGCCAUAUACCACAAUUUAGGCCUGAUUAUCUCAAAGUGCUAAAUGUGUCUCAUAAUCAAUUGGAAGGUCCAAUCCCAGCAGUUGUUAGCAAGAUGGAUCCAAGCUCCUUUUCAGAUAACAAAGGGCUUUGCGGAAAGCCUCUCGAAACAGCAUGUGAUGUCCCGUUCCCUGACGAUGGGGACGACGAGCCGGAUGCUUCCAUUCCAACACCUCUCGACCCGACAAGUACCCCCCCUGCAAAGAAGUCAUCUGCUGGGAGAAUAGCAAUAAUAGUUUUAGCUAUUAUAGUGGGUUUGUUGUUUAUCCUCAUUCUUCUUCUCCUUUAUCGCCGAAGCCGUCAAGGCCGAACACCGCAACUUGGUCAAGCCUGCGACGAAAAGAAUAGUGCAGUAACUGUUGCUGAUACUCAGAUUGACAAUGUCAAAGUUGAAAGCGUGCCGCUCCCUGAUCAGAUAAAUGGGAAUCCCAAAAAAGCCGAUCAACCCGGCAAACUGUCGUUUGUUAGAGAAGAGCGAUGCAAGUUUGACUUGCAGGACUUGUUGAGAGCAUCAGCUGAAGUUUUAGGGAGUGGAAAAUUCGGAGCAUCGUAUAAGGCUGUAUUAGUAGAUGGCGACGCGCUAGUCGUGAAGAGAUUUAAGCAAAUGAAUAAUGUAGGAAGAGAAGACUUCCACGAGCACAUGAGAAGGCUUGGGAGACUAGACCACCCUAAUCUGCUACCCUUAGUUGCCUAUUUGUACAGAAAAGAAGAAAAGCUCUUAGUCUUUGAUUAUGCAUACAAUGGCAGCUUGGCCAGUCAUCUUCAUGGUAAACACUCGGCAGAGCAUCCGGGGCUUGAUUGGAGUACACGAUUAAAAAUUAUCAAAGGCGUGGCGAAUGGCCUAGCUUAUCUUCACAAUGAGUUGCCAAGCCUUAGUGUACCUCAUGGUCAUCUAAAAUCUUCAAAUGUGCUCUUGGACAAAAACUUCGAGCCACUUUUGAUGGAUUACACACUCGAGCCUGUGAUGAACUCUGGCCAAAUUCAGCAAAUCCUGGUGGCAUACAAGUCACCGGAGUACGCACAACAUGGUCGAGCAACAAAGAAAACAGACGUAUGGUGCUUAGGAGUUCUGAUAUUAGAAACUUUGACAGGAAAGUUUGUGGCAAAGUACCUUUCUCAUCAUGGCACCGGAUAUGGCCCUGAUUUAGCUGGUUGGAUCAACGACAUUGUCGACGAACUGGAAAGCAAUACACAAGUUUUCGAUCACGAGAUGGGAAAUACAGAGGAAUGCAGAGGAGAAAUGGAAAAGCUUGUGCAUAUUGGAAUAGCUUGUUGCCAAGAGGACGUGGAGAAGAGGUGGGAGUUGAACGAGGUUGUGAACAAGAUUCAACAUCUAAAAGAAACUGAUUAA